AUGAGGGCCUCAAAUCACUCACUUCUCAGUCUUCUGUGUUUCUUCAGCCAUUUAAUACUCGUCACCUCUAAUGGUGGAUUAAUUGGCCUUGGUCUCGACUUCUACGAUCCACUAUGCGGCUAUGCAUGCAAGAACUCACUCUUGCUUCCUCUUGACUGCUCAGAUGCAAAAGCCCGUUACAUCUCAAAGACGCCCUCGCCGGAUUGCAAGGCGACGAGCGCCCCAUACCUUCAAACAUUGGCCUUCUGUCUCCAGCAGUAUUGCCUCAAUGACACUACAUCUGGCAUAGCGCUCCCACGGGUCGUAAGCUUUUGGCAAGACAACGUUCAAGCAGAUGCCAACGUCUCCGUACCCAGCUACCAGCACGUUAUAGAUGGUAUCAAGGAAGCGCCAAACACCUCUAUCAGCGAUGCUAACACGCUGACCUUUUUUGGGUACGUACCCGAGAGUAGCUGGAGCUACCAGCGUGAGUGGCUCGUGACGUACCGGACCGUCGAGGGCAAUCACCAGAAGUUUGGUCUCAUAAUAUUCGUCACAUGCGCCGUCAUCCCAAUCAUAUUGUCAUCGAUCCGUUUCCUGCCCUGGCCGCCGAUAUUCGUCUCAAAAUUCCGUGGCUAUGUCGUCGACCCACCCUUGAUUGGAUCUCGGCAUUCCCAGGCAAUUGGAGGUGUCUUCAUGAUGCCAACUCGUGGACAGGCCCUUUUUAUUCUUUACAUAUGGGCAAUCAAUAUUCUUCUGGCGAGCAUUGGUUAUCACUGCAACAAAGGGGACACCUGCGCGCCGUCAUACAAGUUGAACGAGAUCAAUCGGCUACACUCCGUAGCGAACCGACUGGGAGUGUUGAGCUUUGCCAACCUACCGCUCCUCAUCUUGUUCGCAGGACGCAACAAUAUGAUCCUGUGGGUGACCAACUGGUCCAGGACUACAUUUUUGUUCAUUCAUCGUUAUGUUGCGUUUAUUUGCAUGGCCGAGGCAGUUGCGCAUGCCGUCAUGUUCAUGUACAUCGAAGGAACGGAGCUUUCUACCGAGGAUUUGAUGAGCUUACUCAGGAAGCCAUACUGGAUUGGCGGCUGCAUCGCCACUGUGUCGUUCUUGAUCCUCGUCACCACCGCCGUGCAGUCCUUCAGAAAACGGCUGUAUGAAACGUUUGUGGUUAUCCACAUUCUGUUUACCAUACUUGUCCUCGUUGGCUCAUUUGUCCACAGUGUCACUCGAUUUGGCACAAAGCGCGGUCAUGAGAUAUGGCUCUAUAUUGCCACGGGCAUUUGGGCUUUUGACAGGAUAGCCCGAUUUUGCCGGUACAUGAGCAGAGGUGUCAAAACGGCGUACAUCACAACUAUUGAUGAAGACUAUUACAGGGUCGACAUUCCGGGAGUCCGCGCUCGUGGUCAUAUCUAUGUGCAUUUCUUGGCCAUCAGCAAAUGGAAGCUUUGGGAAAGUCACCCCUUCUCCGUCGGCAGCAUCACUAGCUGGCAGGACGGAGGCCAUGCACGGGCAGAGACGACGGGACUUCGGAAAAACUUCAACUUCUUCGAGAAGCCACAAGACGUCGAUGCUGCGGACCACAGAGAAGAGUCGGGUUCGUCGUUUAGAGCGUCUUCUCUGUCUCCUUGCGAAGAGAGCGACUACAAAGGCUGGAAGAAAGGCACUGGCCUGACCCUGCUGGUGAGGAGGGAGAAGGGCCUCACAGCUCACCUCAAAGACCCGGGGACGACCAUGAGAAGAACCCCCGUGCUCAUCGAGGGCCCCUAUAAUGAGCAAAUGACCCGUUUGCAAGAAAACCACGUGCAACCAACCGACGAAUUUCCCAACAUUAUAUGUGUUGCGGCCGGGGUGGGCAUAACAGGUGCGCUCCCGUUUCUCGACAAGUUUGAAGCAAAGCGAGGGCAGUUCUACACGAAGAAGCUCGUGUGGGCAGUACGCAGCAUGCCGCUCGUCCGGGCGGUCGAGGACAUGAUCCUCACCUCUCACGACACAGAAGCUGCAGAAAGGCGAUGGGGCGACGUGGAUGUCAAGCUCUGCAUCGGUGCUCGACCCAAUGUGUCCUUUGUGCUUCACCGGCUUCUCUGCCGACAAAGCGGCGGUACUAUUGUCGUGAUCGCAAGGGAUGGAGGGUAUGGCGAGUCGAAGAUGAAGGUGCAGGUAAUUGUCGAGUGCUUCUCCUGGUAG